GGUGCGCACUAGAAACUAUCUGGUACAUACCAGAUAUUAUGUGUGCAUACCAGAUAUUAUGUGUGCUCACUAGAAAGCAGUGGCGCCUCCAGAAUUUUUUCAUAGGGGUGGCCAGAUGGGGCCACUUAAAAUCUUGGGGUGGCCAAAACUAGAAGCCAUAAUUUCAGGUUUUCAUUAUAUUACAGUAAAAAGGUCAGGGGGAAACUAUCAGAAAGACUUACGGACAUGGCUACUGAUAUACUUUGGUGUAUUGUGUAAUAUUUGAUGUUACUAAUGAUUUAAUGUGCAUAGUCCAUAACUGUCCAGUCAACAUUUUGAGUUGCACAACAAUUCUGUUUUAUUGCGUUAUAUAUACUGUAUAUUAGGCAUAAGGUGUACAUUUACCUAGGACUGUCAAACGAUUACAAUUUUAAUCGGGUUAAUCACAGCUUAAAAAUUAAUCGUAAUUAAUCGCAAUUCAAACCGUCUCUAAAAUAUACCAUAUUUUUCUGUAAAUUAUUGUUGGAAUGGAAAGAUGUGACAAGACUGAUAUAUACUUUCAACAUACUGUACAUAAGUACUGUAUUUGUUUAUUAUAACAAUAAAUCUACAAGAUGGCAUUACCAUUAUUAACAUUCUUUCUGUGAAAGGGAUCCACGGAUAGAAAGACUUGUCAUUCUUAAAGGAUAAAUGUGAGUUUGUAUAUUGUGACUAAAUAUUGCCAUCUAGUGUAUUUGUUGAGCUUUCAGUAAAUGAUACUGUAGCGACUUAACUGUUCUGCCCAAAUGCAUGAUGGGAGGUGGUGCAACCAUGACUGUGUGUGGUGGCUACAAAUGCUACAUCUUCUCUGCGUUGGGUACACUACAGGGUGUUAAUAAAAAAGAUCAACUCCUGUCAUUCUUCCCCACAAUAUUUAUAGUUGCUGUGGGAGAGAUGACAAAUGCCAAUUAAAAGCACGGCCCCAAUGAAUGCUUAUAUCUACUGCACUCUGCUUCUUAUCUAUGUAUAUAAGUAAAACGGCGCCAUUGUAGCCUGUUUACGGCAAUGCGUGAAUAAGUUGUAACGCGAAUGCGUUAGUUGCGAUGAAUAUUUUCACGUGAUUAAUUUUAAAAAAAUAAUUACCGCCGGUUAGAGCGUUAAAUUGACAGCCCAACAUUUAACAAAACAAAAUAAAUGCAUUCAUUCGGGAUGAAAUGCAUACCUGAUGCUACAACAAUCUAACUAUAUACCAGUAGGGUGGCCAACCAAUUUAUAGGGGUGGCCGUGGCCACCCCUGGCCACCCCCUGGUGGCGCCAUUGCUAGAAAGUUCCCUUUUCUAAGCCACAAACUGCAGGCACGCAUCGGACACCAGCAGUUUCGGCGUGCUAAAAAUGAUAAUAGACGAUUUAGUUGAGCUUUACUUCAAUUUUGGACUCAACUAUAAAUAUAUUACUGCAUUACUUGCACAACGUGACCAAUACAUUCUCUCAGAACGCACUAGUAAUAAUCUGGUGUUUACCAGAUUGUUUUAAUUCAUUUUAUUUCUGUCGUUGUCCCUUUAGGGGCUUUGUCCAAUUUUGGAUUGAGAGGGGCUGCGCUCAGGACAAAUGGAUUGGACGUCUAUCACCGUCAAUGGCAGGCCGGACCGUUAUUCUCCAGCGGCGCAGCAGCAGCACAAAACCUGCGUCUCACCUUGUUUCACCCCGUUUAUGACUUCUUACCUUGAACGACCAGCAUCAUCACGAUGAUCGCGAUCAUCAUCGCAAGAAGCGGCAGCGGUGAUCCUCCGAGAUGUCCCAUCACAGAACCCAAGUUACCGAACCGAAUCUUCCACGAGCCGUCGGCAGAUGUCAAGUGCCGGUGCUUGUUUUCGAAAGUCUCCCAGGGGGCGUGGCUUCGGGCCAAGCGGGUGGAGGAAACGAGCCCAAAAGCAGGACGCCGAUGUCCGAGGCACGCCAAACGCCAACCGAAGCCAAACGGCACCGACAUGGGCGACAAAGCGGCCACCAGAGUCUUCAAGAAGACCAGCCCAAACUGCAAGCUCAGCGUGUAUCUGGGCAAGCGUGACUUCAUCGACCACUUGGAUCACGUGGACGCCGUCGAUGGCGUGGUCCUCGUGGAUCCCGAGUAUGUACAGGAUCGCAAAGUCUUUGCGAGUCUGGCGUGCGUGUUUCGUUACGGUCGGGAGGACGUGGACGUCCUGGGCCUCUCCUUUCGGAAGGAUCUUCACGUCCACACUUUGCAGGCCUAUCCUCCCAUCCUGGAUCCUAAGCCGUUGAGUUCCUUGCAGGAGAAGCUGCUGCGCAAGCUAGGCCCAAACGCUCACCCUUUCCGCUUCACCGUAAGGCUACCGGAUGAGUCCUUCCUCAGGGCGCCGCCUGAUGCAUUCCGGUGCCUUCAGAUCCCGGAGAACCUGCCGUGCUCAGUUACCUUGCAACCCGGACCUGAGGAGACCGGCAAGGCAUGCGGCGUCGACUACGAGCUAUUGGCCUACUACGCCAAGACAGCAACUGAAAAACUCCAACCGAGGAACUCUGUGCAGCUGGUGAUCCGAAAGGUGCAAUACGCCCCGGAGAAGAAAGGCCCUCAACCCAUCGCGGAGUGCAGCCGCAGCUUCCUGAUGUCUGAGCGACCGUUACAACUCGAAGCGUCGUUGGACAAAGAGUUGUACUAUCAUGGCGAGCCCAUCAACGUCAAUGUGCACAUUUCCAACAACUCCAGCAAGACUGUCAGGAAGGUGAAAAUUGCAGUGCGCCAGUACGCCGACAUUUGUUUAUUCUCCAAGGCUCAGUACAAAUGUCCCGUGGCCCAGCUGGAAUCUGACGAGCAGGUGUGCGCAAGCUCCACCUUCUGCCAGGUGUACACGCUGACUCCUAGCAUGGGCGCCAAUCGCCUGAAGAGAGGCCUGGCGCUGGAUGGCAAGCUAAAACACCAAGACACCAAUCUGGCUUCCAGCACCAUAAUGAAAGAGGAUUGCAACAAGGAGACGUUGGGCAUCGUGGUGUCCUACAGAGUCAAAGUGAAACUGGUUGUUUCUCGCGGGGGAGAUAUCUCAUUGGAGCUUCCUUUUGUUCUAAUGCAUCCGAAACCCAGCGACCCGCAACCAGCGGCUCUACCGGUUGACGAAGCCGCGGCGGCAGAGCCCGCCGACCUCGUCACUUUUGACAGCGGGGCUUCAUGUCAAGCCGACGAACUGGUGUUUCAAGACUUUAGUCGUCUGCGUUUAACCGGGGACGACGGUGACCCUCUCUUUUAGUGGAUUAAACCAUUGGAUUGCAGUGACGUGUUUGUACAUGAUUAAGCUCUUUUUUUAAUUGAUGAAUUCCAAUCGUUACACACAAACUAUAGUCCAGAUGAAUUUGCAGUUUUCUUGUUCUUGAAGUAAGUCCCAAUAAAGAUGGCAAAUUGACAAAACA